AUGGAGGGCGAGGGAGAGGGCGCCGCGGCUCUGGCGGCCCAGGCCCCGGCGGCGGCGGCCGCCGCGGAGGUGAGCAACCCGAGGUGCUACUUCGACGUUAGCAUCGGCGGCGAGAUGGAGGGCCGGAUCGUGAUGGAUCUCUACGCCUCCGUGGUGCCGCGCACGGCCGAGAACUUCCGCGCGCUCUGCACCGGGGAGAAGGGCGUCAGCGCCGCCACCGGCGCGCGGCUCCACUACAAGGGCUCAUCUUUUCAUCGUAUCAUCAAGGGUUUUAUGGUGCAAGGUGGAGAUAUAACUGCUGGUGAUGGGACUGGGGGCGAAUCAAUAUAUGGAUUGAAUUUUGAGGAUGAGAAUUUUGUUUUGAAGCAUGAGAGGAAAGGGAUGUUAUCAAUGGCGAAUUCUGGUCCCAACACAAAUGGAUCUCAGUUUUUCAUCACUACCACCCGAACACCACACCUUGAUAGGAAACAUGUUGUUUUCGGGAGGGUUGUAAAAGGGAUGGGAGUGGUUCGCGCAAUGGAGCAUGUUUGUGCUGGAGAAGCUGACCUUCCAACUGAUGAUAUUGUUAUUGUUGAUUGUGGGGAACUGCCAGAAGGUUCAACUGAAGGAGUUGCAAAUUUCUUCAAAGAUGGUGACAUGUAUCCUGAUUGGCCCAUUGACCUCGAUGAAAAGCCUGCAGACGUUUUGUGGUGGAUUAACGCUGUUGAUUCUGCAAAGUCUUUCGGAAAUGAAAAUUUUAAGAAACAUGAUUACAAGGCUGCACUCAGAAAGUACAGAAAAGCUAUGCGGUAUUUAGAUAUUUGCUGGGAGAAAGAAGAGAUAGAUCAAGAGAACAGCUCAGCACUGCGGAAAACAAAGUCAAUUAUACUCACAAAUAGUUCUGCAUGCAAACUGAAGCUGGGAGAUGUGGAGGGUGCUUUGUUAGAUGCAGACUUUGCACUGCGUGAAACAGAGGGCAACGCAAAAGCUUUUUUCCGUCAAGGACAGGCACGCAUGGUACUCAAGAAUAUUGAUGCUGCAGUUGAGAGCUUCCAGCGUGCGUUGGAGUUGGAGCCAAACGAUGGAGGAAUCAAACGGGAGCUGGCUGCUGCAAAGAAGAAGGUUACUGACAGACGCAAUCUGGAGCGGAAGGCAUUUUCCAAGAUGUUCGAGACGUCAGGAAGUUCAGAGAAAAGUGAAGAAGUAUUGGCUGCAACUUCAGAGAAAAGUGGCGAAGAUAAAAACUGA